AUGUUCAACAAUGUGGAAGCCAUAAGUUUGCCGACUAUUACACGCAUGCUGAAAAGGCACCAGGUGUCUUUAAAACAACUAUACCGUGUGCCUUUUGAAAGAAAUGCAGACAGAGUGAAGCAGCUGAGUACUGGGUAUGUUGAGAGGGUGGUGGAGCUGGAUGCUGACGAAAACCAUCACAAAUUCCUCUUUUUGGAUGAGGCAGGUUUCGACCUGGCCAAGACAAGGAGGAGAGGUCAGAAUUCAUUGGCCAGCGGGCAACCAUCCAAGUACCUGGACAGCCAAGCGCCCCCGCCGGUCAAGGUCUUCACCCCUCUACUGCAAGCGCCCCCGCCGGUCAAGGUCUUCACCCCUCUACGGAGGAUGCAGAGGAUUUGUAUGAUGACGUUUGGGCCACCCCUCUACAGCAAGCGGCCCCGCGGUCAAGGUCUUCACCCCUCUACUGCAAGCGCCCCGCCGGUCAAGGUCUUUCACCCCUCUACAGCAAGCGGCCCCGCCGGUCAAGGUCUUCACCCCCUCUACGCAAGGCCCCCGCCGGUCAAGGUCUUCACCCUCUACUGCAGCGCCCCCGCCGGUCAAGUCUUCACCACUCUACUGCAAGCGCUCCCAGCCGGUCAAGUCUUCACCCCUCUACUGCAAGCGCCCCGCCGGUCAAGUCUUCACCCCUCUACAGCAAGCGCCCGCCGGUCAAGUCUUUCACCCUCUACUGCAAGCGCCCCCGCCGGUCAAGGUCUUCACCCCUCUACUGCAACGCCCCCGCGGUCAAAGUCUUCACCCUCUACAGCAAGCGCCCCCGCGUCAAGGUCUUCACCCCUCUACUGCAAGCGCCCCGCCGGUCAAGGUCUUCACCCCUCUACUGCAAGCGCCCCCGCCGGUCAGGUCUUCACCCCUCUACAGCAAGCCCCCCGCCGGUCAAGGUCUUCACCCCUCUACUGCAAGCGCCCCGCCGGUCAAGGUCUUCACCCCUCUAUAGCAAGCGCCCCCGCCGUCAAGGUCUUCACCCCUCUACCUGCAAGCGCCCCCGCGGUCAAGGUCUUCACCCCCUACAGCAAGCGCCCCCGCGGUCAAGGCCUCACCCCUCUACAGCAAGCGCCCCCGCCGGUCAAGCCUUCACCCCUUUACAGCAAGCGCCCCCGCCGUCAAGGUCUUCACCCUCGUUACAGCAAGCCCCCGCCGGUCAAGGCCUCACCCCUCUACAGCAAGCGCCCCGCCCGGUCAAGUCUUCACCCCUCCCCAGCAAGCGCCCCCGCCGGUCAAGGUCUUCACCCCUCUACAGCAAGCGCCCCGCCGGUCAAGGUCUUCACCCCUCCAGCAACGCCCCCGCCGGUCCAAGUCUCACCCCUCUACAGCAAGCGCCCCGCCGGUCAAGUCUUCACCCCUCUACAGCAAGCCGCCCCGCCUGUCAAGGUCUUCACCCCUCUACGCAAGCGCCCCCGCCGGUCAAGGGUCUUCACCCCUCCCAGCAAGCGCCCCCGCCGGUCAAGGUCUUCACCCCUCUACAGCAAGCGCCCCCGCCGGUCAAGGUCCUUCACCCUCUACAGCAAGCGCCCCGCCGGUCAAGUCUUCACCCCUCUACAGCAAGCCCCCCGCCGGUCAGGUCUUCACCCCUCUAACAGCAAGCGCCCCGCCGGUCAAGGUCUUCACCCUCUACAGCAAGCGCCCCCGCCGGUCUAA